AUGAUCUACUGCAUAUUAAGAGAAUCUCAAAGCCAGAUCGAGUGGAAGCAAUCAACUACACAUGCUUAGUUACAAACUCUAUAUUGCAUGAUUUUGGUGAGAUCCAUAUUCUACUCCAAAGAGUCUAGAUUUACAUCACACCCUUCUCCAGAGAUAUUGCAUCAUCUUGGUGAAGUCUAUACUCUACUCCGAAGAGUAUAGAUUUACAUUAAUUAUUCUCAAGCAGUCGGUGGAAUUUGCUAUCUGACAUUGAAGAAGCUAUAUAUCUCAACUAGGGAAAUUAGGGUUUUAUUCUCGCAAAAAUGAAUUUCAAGCUAAAACUCAACAAAACAGCAGUUCAAACUCAAGAUUCCAGAACCCAGCCACUAAAACAAAAACUUCAAAGACGAAAAACACCCAAGGCGGAACUUUCUGGAGAAAAGCAGAUCGGGAUCAGAAGGGAGGGAUCCCUCCCACAGGACCUGCUCCGUCCAUCUCCUUCACCAUCGUCUCCGAAAGCCCCUCCGUUCUAGAAGAAUCUCAAAUCCCAUUUUUUCUGUGUGGCUGUUCUUUUUGUUUUUGUGUGUGCCGCGGUUCCUCUUAAAAUCAGAAAAAGCGGGAAUCCCUUCCCUCUUCAAUGGCAUUUUGGUGAUGGUGAUGGUGAUGAUGAUGAUGGUCAGCAAAGACGGUGAGAUGGAAAGACGGGGGAUGAAGGGAGGCUGAGAACUAAGAGAAGAUUUGGGUUUUUUAUUUUUUAUUUUUUUGGCUACCCAACCCCCUUUCUUGGGAGGCCGUUUUUCUUUCAAAA